UGCUCUUUGCUCUUACCCCGCCAUGACCAAUGCUGAUAUUUUAAAUACAACAUUUCUCCGUCCUUUUCUGCUCGUCUUGUUCUUUAUCCAUCUAUCAUUCAAGUAGCUGGUCUGGUUCAUGAAUAUCGGCAUCAUUCUCGCCAGCGUACGAUCUCGAACAAUUGCCAUUGGUAGUCGUAUUAGCAGAACACACAUUCUGUCGUCUUCCCCGCACACUGUUUCGUCGAAGUUACCCCAGCAGAGAAUACGACCAUUUAGCAGUCAGACUGAGAAUAUGUCUUCGGUCGUAAAGAAGAUCACCGACUGGGUUGAUCCCAAGUCCAAGUCGGGCGAGUUCAAUCGCCCCCAGUCCGUCUUUCGCAACUUCAUCUCAAAACAGCCGGGCGCAGAGUUUCCUCCCGAAAAGGGCCGGUAUCAUCUCUAUGUCUCGUAUGCGUGUCCAUGGGCGCACCGUGCCCUCAUCACUCGACAGCUAAAGGGUCUGGAGGAUUUCGUUUCCUUUACCGUUGUGCACUUCCAUAUGGGAGAAAAAGGAUGGCGCUUUGCUACUACCGAAGAGCAAAAUGUCCAAGAACACGUCACUCCCGAUCCCAUCCACGGCUUUGCCUAUCUUCGGGAUGUCUAUCACCACGUAUCGCCAAACUAUGAGGGUCGAUACACUGUUCCAACGCUAUACGACAAGAAGACGCAGAAGAUUGUCAACAAUGAAAGCAGUGAGAUUAUCCGCAUGUUUUAUACCGAGUUCGACGAUCUCCUUCCGGAGAAGUACAAGAAUCUUGUGCUUUACCCCGAGGACCUGCGACAGGAAAUUGAAGGCACAAAUGAAUGGACAUAUAAUGAUAUCAACAAUGGAGUGUACAAGGCUGGUUUUGCAACGAGCCAAGAAGCCUACGAGAAAAACGUUGUAGUUCUCUUCACCGCACUUGACCGUGCCGAAAAGCAUCUUGCCAGCAGCCCUGGCCCCUUUUACUUUGGCGACCGUCUCACCGAGGCCGAUAUCCGUCUGUACACUACCAUUGCCCGCUUCGAUCCGGUCUACGUCCAGCAUUUCAAGUGCAAUAUUCGUGAUAUCCGAAGCGGCUAUCCCGCCUUGCAUCGCUGGUUGCGCCAUCUCUAUUGGACUAUUCCCGCGUUUCAUGAUACCACGAAAUUUGAACAUAUCAAGCUGCAUUAUACCAAGAGCCAUACUCAGAUUAAUCCCCGCAGCAUCACGCCGGUUGGUCCAGAGCCGCCGAUUCUGCCCGUGGACCAGGAGGUUAAUGCUGUUGCGGCCGCUUUGAGUGGGAAAAAGUAAUGUAUUUAUGAUAGCUUCUCUCGAAAGUAAAUUGGAAGGUCGUCUUGCGAUAUCCUGGAUUCCUUAUUUUUUUCGCGACGAAAUUGGAAGUACGUUCUAGGCAAAUUCCAUGAAGGUAGCUCCGAAUCUGUCACGAGACAAAAUCUAUGCGAAUAAAUGAAUGAAAAAUAAUGCAAAGAGCAAAAUGAAUGAAUGCGGAAAAAUGAUUAUCUCAAAUUGUCGUGG